AUGUCUGUCAUCUUAGCCUCUGCUGGCUAUGAUCAUACGAUCCGGUUCUGGGAUGCUUUGACUGGGGUAUGUUCCCGUACCAUUCAACACACUGACUCUCAAGUCAAUCGGUUAGAAAUCACAUCCGACAAACGAUUUCUUGCUGCGGCUGGAAAUUUGUAUGUGAGACUUUACGAUAUACGACAAGCUGGCACCACACACGGUAACAGCAACAACAACAGCAAUAAUAACAACAACAACAAUCCCGUGAUGACGUUUGAAGGCCACACGAACAACGUGACCUCUUUGGCAUUCCAGAUAGAGAACAAGUGGAUGGUGACGUCGCUGGAAGAUGGAACUGUAAAGGUAUGGGACGUAAGAGCACCUUCCGUUCAACGGAGUUACAAACAUCAUUCACCCGUAAACGAAGUCGUGAUCCACCCCAAUCAAGGUGAGUUGAUCAGCUGUGAUCAGGAUGGAAAUAUCCGAAUUUGGGACUUGGGAGAAAACCAGUGUACCCAUCAUUUGAUUCCAGAAGACGAUGUACCGAUCAAUUCUUUAUCCGUAGCCAGUGAUGGUUCGAUGUUAGUAGCUGGUAACAAUAAAGGUAACUGUUAUGUGUGGAAGAUGCAGAAUCAACGCGAUAUAACGCUGUUGACUCCUGUAACGAAGUUCAGGUCCCAUCUGAAAUACAUCACCAGAGUGCUUCUCCUGACAGAUAUGAAACACUUGGCCACUUGCUCAGCUGACCAUACUGCUCGAAUCUGGUCUACGGAGCAGAAUUUCAAUCUUGAAACGACGCUCCAGGGCCACCAGCGCUGGGUAUGGGACUGUGCCUUCUCUGCCGACAGUGCCUACUUAGUUACAGCCUGUUCUGACCACUAUGUCCGUUUAUGGGAUUUGUCGAACAGCGAAACUGUCAGACAGUACAACGGGCACCAUAAGGGAGCCGUUUGUGUAGCUUUGAAUGACGUGUAG